UCCAGUUUUGUCAGAACCCCGUAAAACUAAAGUUAUUCAAAACUAAGAACAUUCAUACUUUACAAACCAUGUAUGAAUCUUCUCUUCAGAUACACAGUUGUGCAAAAGUUCAGGCUCUUUCUGCAGUUUCAUUUAUGACUAACCCUUUCAUGCAGGAAUGAUUCAAAUCUGUUAAAAACAACUUAGUUCAAAGAGCAGAGUUCAUACUGUCAUAAUCAUACUUCUGAGCAAGUUCUUUAAGUCUAAGUUAAUUGGAUAUUAAAUGUACUCCGCCUCGGGAAAGGUUUACAGAAAUUUGGCCAAUCAGAAAACAUUUAUGACUAAGUCUCAUUCUCAAGGAAGUCCUAUCCCUGUGGGUUUUUAAGAAUUACUCUACAGUAUGGCAAACUAAAAUAUUUUUGAUUUUUACACAAUUGAAAUUACUCAUGAUUCUGACAAAAAUAAAAGUAUUGCGAUCUUCGAGUAUUUACAUCAACAUACCAGCUGAUAGUUUUUACUAACAGAAUCAUGAUUCUGUUAAUAAAACAAAUAAUCAAAGAUUAAAAAUGACUCGUAAGAACCCCAAUAAAGUCCCAAAUUGGUAAAAAUUACUUUAAAAGUAACUUUUAGGUGCCAAAUGCCACCCUAAAUAGAUACCUCUUCAGUUUUAACUUGAAUUAAGGCAGGCUGCUGAGAGUACGAUUCAGGAGCCAAAUACGCCGUCAUCAUUUUUAUGACAUGACAGCACUUCUCAUUCUCUUGCUGUGUCUAGGAUAUUUUGUGAUAUUUUGUGACACGUACACAUUUGCUCCUUUAAGCCCAAUAAACUAUAAAUUGAUUUACAGUCCUGUGCAAAGGUCAGUUCUUCCUCUUAAUCCUAUGUUGUUAUUUUUUAAUGGAAAUGAAUAAAUAAGCCAAGCUUUACGUGUCAAACAUACUGCCACUUGUUUGUAAGCAGAGGAGUUGACUUGAUUGUGAAUAAUCUUUGCCAGAGUGAAAAAGCUAAUAUACAGACUGUUAGUCGUAUCGCUUUUUGAUUGAUUGAUUUUUGAUUGAAUUGUUUAUUUCGAACACAUAAGGAAAAAAAAUAGAAGAUUUUAAAACAAAUUCAAAACAUACAGAAAAAAAACAGCAACAACAACAAAAACGUAAUACAAACAGGGGGAAAAAAAACCAGUGUCCGAAAAUGAGCAGGUAGAAGUAAAACUUAUUUAACCCUGCCCCUUUGUUACCUCUAUCAUAAAUUAAACAUAAAUAUUAAUAAUAAAUAGCUGCAAUUACCUAAUAGGCUACUGAUUUUCCCAUUGGUUGUGCCUUUGCAUCUAACCAGCUAACAAACACCAUAUUGCCUUAACAUAACUCCUCCUCAACCAAAUAACUUCCCAGAACUUCCUUUUUGUACCGUUUUUUAAAUUGAUUUAUAUUUGUACAUUGCUUCAACCCAUCACCCAACCCAUUCCAUAAAUCCACUCCAACAACUGAGAUACACAUGCUUUUCCUUUUAGAAUCAACACAUUGUUUUUUGAAAUUAUAUAUUAUAAUUAUAUUUUUCAAGACUAAUGUACAGCAACGGUGAGUUGUAUCUUCCGUUACUGGUGUUGUGGUACACACAACACAACAAACUAUCCAAACAUCUUUUUUUCUAGAGGUCAGUACAGCUGCUGAUAAUCUAUCAAGGUCUGAUAAUUAGCAACACCUUGCUGCAACUUAUUCUUGUAAAUCAAGUGCAGGCAGUAAGGGGGUACUUUUGCUCAGAACACAGUUUAUGAGUGUUGUUUGCAUUUUGCCAAAUAAAAAACGAGAUCAUUUUCAGUAUGAUCUUUCACACACAUAUGAACUAUUGUCUUUUACAGCACCUAAGGGGAGGAGCUUUUUGUUGUAAACUAGAGGAGAACAACUUUCACUUUUGUUUUAGUCUCGAAAGAGAAACCCGCGUGGAAAGUUUAUAUCAGCCCAUAUCAGCUGAGUUUAAUAAUCUUCUCUCCUGCAGGUGAGUUUGGAACGUCUACCCUCCAUCAUGUCAGUGGUCAAAUCCAGUUUGUCCAAGUAUCAGGAGGACAAGCUGCUGCCUCUCCUCGGUCACGUCAGACUCCACCUGCUCUACAAAGCCAGCGUCCACGGCUUCACUGCUGCUGCCUUUCAUGGCCGCUGCGACAGACAGGGUCCCACCGUCAUCGUGGCCUACAACGCUGCUGGGUUUGCCUUUGGGGCUUACACCUCCAGAGACUACACCCAGGGCGGAGAGGCCGUGCAUGACAACAUGGCUUUCCUCUACAGCAUCAGAGCUGGAGCAGAUAAAACACUGAUAGUGAAAGGUAUUUCUGGACAAAAUAAUUUCACAGACGGAGCCACUGGUCCAAAUUUUGGUGGUUUGUUGUUCUUGCAUGAAGAUAAACCUGCCUUGCAGUCCAAUCCAGGCACAGGUUUUAACUUUCAGGGUGCAGAGAUGCAUGGAGGUGACCUGAACCUGACUGAGCUGGAGGUGUAUCGUGUUGAAGCCUUGGAAGCGCUCCUGGUCAACCCCUGGAGGAAAAUGCAGUGGACGGCCGAGAGACGGCAGGAACUGAAGCAAUCUAUAAUAGACUAUAAGCCUGACAUCAAAACAGUGCAUCAAGCCCGUGUGUUGAUGGUGGGUCCUGUCGGAGCUGGCAAGUCAAGCUUCUUUAACUCCAUCAACUCAGCGUUUCGGGGAAACAUGACUUCCCAGGCUAUCGCUGGCACCGGAGGGACGAGUGUGACCACUCAGUUCCGUACCUACACCAUCAAGGCAGGGAAAGGAGGUGAAACCAUCCCUCUGGUCCUCUGUGACACAAUGGGGCUGGAAGAAAAUGCAGGUUUGAACACUGAUGACUUGGUCAACAUCUUCAAAGGUCACGUCAUAGAUCGCUACCAGUUCAGUACAAAUGCGCCUCUUGCGGAAGACGCUCCCGGCUAUAAAAAGCAGGCGACACUGAACGACGUGAUCCACUGUGUGGCUUAUGUGAUUGACACCGACAAGGUGUCUAUUCUGAGCGAAAAAAUUAUGGACAAGCUGGUUCUCAUCCGGAAGAAGGCCAAUCAGCUGGGAAUCCCUCAGAUUGUGUUACUGACUAAAGUGGAUGAAGCCUGUUCACAUGUGGCAGGAGACUUGAAGAAUCUGUAUCGCAGCGUUUAUGUGCAGCAGAAAGCCCGCCAGCUGAGCGGGUCCCUGGGCAUCCCUUUGAACAACAUGGUUCCGGUGAAAAAUUACUGCGAGGACCUGGAGCUGGAGCUGGAAACCGACAUACUGCUGUUCAUGGCUGUGGAGAAAAUGCUCAACUACGCAGACAACUUUUUUGAGAACCAAGUUUCUCAUGAUCAAGGCAGGAAUGAUGUGCCGGACAUCUACAGAUCCAAUGAUUAGCUUUGUCCAGUUUUGUCAGAACCCCGUAAAACUAAAGUUAUUCAAAACUAAGAACAUUCAUACUUUACAAACCAUGUAUGGAUCUUCUCUUCAGAUACACAAUUGUGCAAAAGUUCAGGCUCUUUCUGCAGUUUCAUUUAUGACUAACCCUUUCAUGCAGGAAUGAUUCAAAUCUGUUACAACAACUUAGUUCAAAGAGCAGAGUUCAUACUGUCAUAUUCAUACUUCUCAGCAAUUUCUUUAAGGGUGCUUUCAGACCUGUGGCCCGUUUGUUUUGUUCCGAUUCAGGGGCUAAAUCGAUACUAUUGUCUCGUUUCUCGUUUGUGGGGUUUGUGUUCACAAGGCAAGCGUCUGUACCGGUUCAAAGCUGAUAAAAAAAAGAAUCCCACGAGGAAAAUUAUUUCUCACGCCUCGGAGCCUCUUCUGCAUAAUAUAGCGGUCAAUAAAAAGAAAAGAAAAAAGUAAGAGUAAUACAAAACAUGUACUGUAUGUUGUACUAUUAUACAAAUUUAUUGAAACACAUGGCGAGUCAAACAUUUACCAAAGCAGCUGCCAAACACUCCUAAACAAGGUAGCCUAAGACGUGGGUUGUGCAGAACUGUGGCAGUAAAUCCCUACUAAAGAGUGGAGCUCCGACGACGAGCUCCACUCUUUAGUAAGGAUUUCAUAUGGAUCCAAACCGUUAAUAAUCACUAUUUUCUCCAUAUACCGGUUCUUGGCUUCCUUGUUUUAGGUAUCCCGGUAAAUUCCAGUUCCUUUCCGGCAUUUUAACAUCUUUUUUUUGCGUUCCGUCUGUUCACUUGGUGCUACUACACUGCGGUUUGUUUACACUCACGAGGCUGCCAACACGGCCACCGCGUCCCAGAAUGCACCUUGGUGACCAAGCCCUAUUGAACAUUUAUUAAUUUCACCGUGCCACACUGUGACAACAUCUUGGCACGUCCAAUAAGAGAGAAGGUGGAGGAGGCUCUGCGCCGACUCUGCGCCAACUCUUCUCCUUGCGCCGGGGUCGCACAUACACAAUGAAUGGAGUUGUAUUGGUUCUAUUGUAAUGUUUUUGCUGAGUCUGGCUUCUGACUGUAUUUGUGUUCUGUUUGUAAUCAUAAUGAAUCACUUGUUUGAACAAAUAAAAAAAAGAAUAAACUGCAUUUUCUAACCUCUGGCAAGAGACAUGUAAUUCCAAUUAAAUAAUAGUGUGGAUAGGGUUCCUACAGACAAACCAAAGUCAUUUAAACUAUACGCUACACAACAUUUCUCAGAAGAGCUUUUUAUGCAGGAAUCUGUCUGUUUAAGCAAGAGGAGGAGAGUCCAUGGCCCCUCCUUUCAGAAAAUGGAUCAGAUACAUAUUAGAAGUGGGAAUGCAGCUCUUCUCCUUUUCGAGCACUUCAACAGUAGUAUGGAGACAUUUCGUAAUCGAUAUGUUACAGAUUUGUCAUGACAGAAGGGGCGGAGAUAUGUAUGCAGACCAUCAUUUGCUAUACCCUUUUUGAACACAGCCACUGUUAAAAAUACCUUGGUUUGUAUGUGGAGACUAUCCACACUAUCACAGUGGCGUAUUUCAAACUUGUCAGAGGCUAACAUUAACUAUCAUUUAACUACAAACACACAUUCUGUUCUAACUCGUAAUUUCUCCAUGUUGUGUGAUUUUUGGUCCCUAUGGAAGGUUUGCCCUUCUUAUAAUAAUAAACCAAGGGUUCGUUUUAA